GCUGCUCCCACCCGCGCCUGGUGGAGCGGAGCCUGCAAGGAUGGGGACCAAGCUGCUCUGCCUGUGCCUCCUCGCAGCGCUCCUCGGCUACUACAUCUACAGCCCGCUGCCCCAGGACCUGGCCGAGCCCUGGACGGUGAUGCUCGUCUCGGCUGCCUUCAGGGCCGUGGGGCACCUGUCGGAGGCGGCCGAGCUGCUGGGGCUGAUGCACUACAUGGAGAGCUUGAGGCUGAUCACGGUUGUCGAGCUGGUCGCUCCCACCUCCGAUGAGAACGUCACUGUGACAGAGACAGAGUUCGAGCAGGUCCCCGUGCGCCUGUACCUGCCCAGGAGGGCAGCCGGGGGGCUCAGGAGGGCCAUGCUCUACUUCCACGGCGGCGGCUGGUGCCUGGGAGACGCAGGCAUGCACGGCUAUGACUACAUGUCACGGAGGAUUUCAAACGAGCUAAAUGCUGUCGUGGUGUCAGUCAACUACAGGCUGGCCCCUCCGCACCGUUUCCCCGCCCAGUUUGAAGAUGUGUACGUGGUGACCAAGUUCUUCCUCCAGAGCGAGGUCCUGGCCCAGUACGGGGUGGACCCUGCGCGGGUCUGCGUGGCCGGGGACAGCGCCGGGGGCAACCUGGCUGCGGCCGUGGCACAGCAGCUGUCGGAGGACCCUGAAGUCAAAACGAAGCUCAAAGCUCAAAUUCUGAUCUACCCGGCUCUGCAGGCCCUGGACCUGAAUCUGCCGUCCUACCGAGACAACGCCGACAAGCCGAUCCUGUCCAGGUCGCUGAUGGUCAGGUUCUGGAGCGAGUAUUUCACGUCGGAGCCCGCUCUCAGGGAGGCCAUGGACUCCAACAGGCACGUCCCGGCCGAGUCCAGCCACCUGUUCCAGUUUGUGAACUGGAGCCGCUGGCUGCCCGCGGAGAUGAGGAAGGCUCACGCGUACGGCGGCCCCACGCCGGGCGGAGCGGAGCUGGCGCGGAGGUUCCCCGGCUUCCUGGACCCGCGGGCGUCGCCGCUGCUGGCCAGCGAGGCCCGGCUGCGCCACGUGCCUCCCGCCUACAUCCUGACCUGCGAGCACGAUGUGCUGCGCGACGACGGCAUCAUGUACGCGGAACGGCUCCGCGCCACCGGCGUGCCCGUCACGCACCACCACGCCAAGGAUGCCUUCCACGGCGCCGUCACCUUCCUCCUGUGGCCGUUCAAGCUGGCCGUGGGCCAUCGGCUGUUCGACGCCUGCCUGGACUGGCUGAAGGAGCACCUGUGAGCGGGAAAUGGAGCCCACCCGCCCGCCAGCUGUGGCUGGGGCCACGGAGCCGGGCUGGAUUUGGUUCCGUCUCCCUUGCAAUUCCCACAGUGUAGGGGCUGGAGCGUGUCCCACCUUCUCUGGCAGGAAAUCAGCCUGAUCCCGACCUGCAUGUUCUCCCGUGCUGUCCUCUGAACUUCAAACCCCAGACUGCCAGCACUGCCCUGGGGCUCCUCUUCUGGCCUGCAGCCUCUGGGAUCUGGUGUUUUGUCUCUGUUGCUGCUUCUUUCUCCCUGUCACAGCAGCCUCAGACCGGCGCGUGUGCCGAAGGGCCGGGUCGCUGUGGGACACGGGACGCGCUCUCUGGCUGCUGUCCUGUGUCCCCUUUGGCUCUGAGGGAUGUGGCAGCAGGGCUCCUGCUGCCGGGGGUGAUGGGGUGAACAGAAGCACCGGGAGGCUGCAGGAGGCUGGAGGGACCUGCCCAUCCAGGCUGGGCUGGGGCUGCUGUUCCUGCCCUGCACAGCUUGAGGGAAACACUUGGAAACCCUGUGGGAUGGCUGAAAAAUUGUGCAAGUGUUUUAGGCUUUGUUUGUUUGUUUUGGGGGUUUUGUUUAUUUGGGGUUUUUUGGUGUGUUGUGGGUUUUCCUUAAAGCACAUCUCUUUUUCCUACUUCCUUUCUUUAAUCCUUGAACUAGCAGGAAAUAGUGAAGCAAACCAGCACUGGAUAUUCACUGGAAAAAGGAAGCUGUGAAGGUCCCAGCCUUACGUUAACACUGCUGCAUGGUCUGUGCUCCACUUACCUGUUAAGUCAUGUACUAGGUGUUCUAUUGUCCUUAAUAUUGUUCAUCAGAUUCUACAUAUGUUUUCUUAUAAUCUAGAAUUAGCUUAGUAGCUUUAUAGGCUUGAAAAAGAAACAUGGUUCAGCUGGCUGUGUGGAACAAAAAACCUCUGUGUAAAUGUUCUGUGUGUUAAAUAGAAACCCUAAAAUUUUUGACUGAGGCAUGAAUGCAGGGGUUGGCUGUUGGUUUAAGCAAAUCAAACACUGAGCAGGUACUUCACGUAUCCUGCUUUUCUUUUGCAUAAAAGGUACUGAAUCUUCAAUAAUUCUGGGUUAUUUUUCCUGAGCGUGUGCAGCCUGUUCAGAUGGAAUGCGUACGGGAUGAUUGCUGUUUUCCAUCUUUACUAAGCUGGGUAUAAACAUUAAACCUGGUUUUGAUUCCA